GUCACUCGCGGACACCGUAUUUGAUAAAGGCCAAUGCUGGCCAACGUCGCUGGUAUAUGCAUGAGGUAGCCAAUCCGAAGCUUCGAGCGGUGAUGCUAAUGCCAACAGCGAAUCAUCGCACGCCUUCCCCGAACGCCCGUCCCGCAACACCAUCCAUGUGCAGCGUCAAAUGCCAAGCCUUCUCAUACUUCGGCUGCUCUGAUGUAUAUGUUACUCUCCCCGCUUUACCCAGUCGUAUGAGCAACAUCUUCACAGCCAAGGGGUAGCCUAUCAGCACUACCUCCGCGUCGAUGUGAGCGCGAACCUGCGCGUACCUCUGCGCACCCAUGUGGAUGCGCGUCCCGUGCUCCACAACUCUGUACUUCUUUGGCGCACACAGGCUCACCAUCAGAGACACAUAGUCGAACUAUUGACUGUCGAUCGCUCUCGUGAGUGAUGGACUGUGAUGGAGCAUGGAACACGCACCGGAGAGACCUAUAAAACGCGGAGAAAUAUUGUCCGAGUGGUUUCUCAUCUCGAGUCCCACCAGACCUCGUCUUCAUCUUCGUCUUUUUCGUCCUUUGAGCCUGCCAGCAUGCGCGUGUCCAUCAACUUCGUUCUCGCCCUCGUCGGCGCCCUCACCGCGUCUGCAGCACCCAUUCAAGAGAUCGAGGAUUGGGUCAGCUCAGUCACCCAGGUGGCUCAGAGCGACAUCGACGGUUGGACGCCCUACACCCAGUUCGCGCGGGCGGCGUACUGUGAUCCGAGUGCGACUAAGACCUGGACGUGUGGAGAGGCCUGUGAUGCUGUGCCUGGUUUCCAGGCUACUCUCACUGGUGGCGACGGUGACACCAUCCAGAACUACUUUGUCGGCUACUGGCCCGACCAGAACGCUGUCGUCGUUGCUCAUGAGGGCACGGAUCCGACCCAGUUCCAGUCCGACCUGACGGACGCCGACAUCCCCAUGGAGAACCUGGACGCUGGUCUCUUCCCUGGCGUUCCCGACGCCGUCCAGGUGCACAAGGGGUUCGCAGAUGAGCACGCCAAGACUGCGAAGGACAUCUUGACCGAGGUCAACAACCUCAUCUCGCAGCACAGCGCGACUGAGGUCGUCCUCGUCGGCCACUCGCUUGGCGGUGCCCUUUCUGAGCUCGAGUCGCUUUACAUGACACUUAACCUGCCCUCGAGCAUCAACGUCAAGGGCCAGACGUACGGAACGCCUCGUGUCGGCAACGGUGACUAUGCGUCCUUCUUCGAUGGCAAGGUCGGCGACUUCAUCCGCAUCAACAACAAGAAGGACCUCAUCCCGAUCGUGCCCGGCCGCUUCUUGGGCUUCUCGCACGUCCAGGGCGAGACUCACAUCACUGACGACGGCACCGUGUAUGAGUGCCCCGGAGACGACGACGCCGACGAUGACCAGUGCACGAUCAAGACGGUCCCCAACGUCUUUGAUGGCGACAUCACCAACCACCUCGGACCGUAUCCCGGCAACAUUUACAUGGGCACUAUCUAUUGCACGUAGUUUUGUGCAGCGAAUCUCGAGGAGUCGACUGUUUUUGCUGUUCUGUAUUUAUGUUUUGGGUUGUGCCGUGACAUCUUCUCGGUAAUUUGUUGGCUACGAUACCAUAUUUACGGAUAUAUUAUUUCUUGUAUGUCAAGUGUACGCACGAAUA